UGUAACCUUAAGAACUGAACUGGAGAAAAGAAGAAACUUCUAACAAAUGGGAAAUUAUAAAUCUAGACCAACCCAAACUUGUACUGAUGAAUGGAAGAAGAAAGUCAGUGAAUCUUAUGUUAUUAUAAUCGAAAGAUUAGAGGAUGACCUGCAGAUCAAGGAGAAAGAACUUACAGAACUAAGACAUAUAUUUGGCUCUGAUGAAGCCUUCAGUAAAGUCAGUUUAAAUUACCGCACUGAACACGGGCUGUCUCUACUUCAUUUGUGCUGCAUUUGUGGAGGGAACAAGUCACAUGUUCGAACCCUUAUGUUAAAAGGGCUCCGCCCAUCUCGACUGACAAGAAAUGGAUUUACAGCCUUGCAUUUAGCAGUUUACAAGGAUAGUGCAGAAUUGAUCACUUCCCUGCUUCACAGUGGAGCUGAUAUCCAACAGGUCGGGUACGGUGGCCUCACUGCCCUCCAUAUUGCUACACUAGCUGGUCACCUGGAGGCUGCUGAUGUGCUGCUGCAGCAUGGAGCGAAUGUCAACAUUCAGGACGCGGUUUUCUUUACUCCACUGCACAUUGCAGCAUUCUACGGGCAUGAACAGGUGACCCGCCUCCUCUUGAAAUUCGGUGCUGAUGUAAAUGUAAGUGGUGAAGUUGGAGAUAGGCCCCUCCACCUGGCAUCCGCAAAAGGAUUCCUAACUAUUGCAAAACUCUUGAUGGAAGAAGGCAACAAAGCAGAUGUGAAUGCGCAGGAUAAUGAAGACCAUGUCCCACUCCAUUUCUGUUCUCGAUUUGGACACCAUGAUAUUGUGAAAUACUUGCUCCAAAGUGACCUGGAAGUUCAUCCCCAUGUAGUUAACAUCUAUGGAGACACCCCUUUGCACCUGGCAUGCUACAGUGGCAAAUUUGAAGUUGCCAAGGAAAUAAUCCAAAUUUCAGGAACAGAAAGUCUGACUAAGGAAAACAUCUUCAGUGAAACAGCUUUUCACAGUGCUUGUACCUAUGGCAAGAACAUUGACCUAGUUAAAUUUCUUCUUGAUCAAAAUGUCAUAAACAUCAACCACCAAGGAAGAGAUGGACACACAGGAUUACACUCUGCUUGCUACCAUGGUCACAUUCGCCUGGUUCAGUUCCUCCUGGAUAAUGGAGCUGAUAUGAAUCUAGUAGCUUGUGAUCCCAGCAGGUCUAGUGGUGAAAAAGACGAGCAGACAUGUCUGAUGUGGGCAUAUGAAAAGGAGAAGGCAGAUGUGCUCCUCCUCAGGGCUGGACUGCCUUCACAUUUCCAUCUCCAGCUCUCGGAAAUUGAGUUCCAUGAGAUUAUCGGCUCAGGUUCUUUUGGGAAGGUCUAUAAGGGACGAUGCAGAAACAAAAUAGUGGCUAUAAAACGUUAUCGAGCCAACACCUACUGCUCCAAGUCAGAUGUGGAUAUGUUUUGCCGAGAGGUGUCCAUUCUCUGCCAGCUCAACCACCCUUGUGUCAUUCAGUUUGUGGGCGCCUGCUUGAAUGAUCCCAGCCAGUUUGCCAUUGUCACUCAGUACAUCUCAGGGGGUUCUCUGUUCUCCCUCCUUCAUGAACAGAAGAGGAUUCUUGAUUUGCAGUCUAAACUAAUUAUUGCAGUAGAUGUUGCCAAAGGCAUGGAGUACCUUCACAACCUGACACAGCCAAUUAUACACCGUGACUUGAACAGUCAUAACAUUCUUCUUUAUGAGGAUGGACAUGCGGUGGUGGCAGACUUCGGAGAAUCAAGAUUUCUGCAGUCUCUGGAUGAAGACAACAUGACAAAACAACCAGGGGUUUGCGCUGCCUGUGUUUGCUCUAAUUAUGAACCAAUUAAAAUGUCGGCCGCAGCUGCAGACAUGGCUUACCACCACAUCAGACCUCCCAUCGGCUACUCUAUCCCCAAGCCCAUCUCCUCUCUGCUGAUGCGAGGGUGGAAUGCACGUCCCGAAGGAAGACCCGAGUUUUCUGAAGUUGUUGCGAAAUUAGAAGAGUGUCUCUGCAACAUCGAGCUGAUGUCUCCUGCUUCCAGUAACAGCAGUGGGUCUCUCUCACCUUCCUCUUCUUCUGAUUGCCUGGCGAGCCGGGGAGGGCCUGGCCGGAGCCAUGUGGCCGCAUUAAGAAGUCGUUUUGAAUUGGAAUAUGCUCUAAAUUCCAGGUCCUAUGCAGCUUGGUCCCAAAGCGCUGGACAAUGCUCCUCCCAAGGCUUGUCUCUGGAGGACGUGAAAAGGGGCCUUCAGUACUCGCCAGUUGACAAAUACAGCUAUGUGUCUGAUCCCAUGAGCCCGAUGUAUUUUCAUUCUUGCCAGAACAAUGGCAGCUUUGAGGGCAGCAGCUGA